CAAGUCGAAGGCAAGCUGGCGGCGACUACCUAGCAUUUGGGGCACAUUUUUGCGGCAAAGUUGAGUUGAGUAUUAUAGCCAAUAAGUGAUUGUCUGGCAAUGCUGAGAAGAUAAACCAGUUGCAUGAGAACAACAGAUCGUCGAUGGAGGUGAGGAUGACACAGCGGGUAAGCGGUAAGAGGUAAACGGCAGACAACAACAGAAAAGAAGAAAAGAAGGGCUGGACGCAGUUGUAUCGAGUUGAUGAGCCACAAAGCGGAGAGCGAACAUAGAAAGAGAGUCUGUUUAGACGUUUUAGCCAACUCUGUGCGCGCUUAGCACCUGAGCAAGCGCUGACUUUUGUUUAGCUCAGAAACCGAGAGUUCAGUUGUGAAGUGAAUGGCGUUUUGUUUGGAUCAAUGCUUCGGCUAAUAAGCGUUUGAUUUUGGUGUCGAUGUGGCUUGCAAAAGAAAACAAAAUAAGUUAAACAGGCAGUUUGUGUGUUUAUAUAUAUAAAAUAUAUAUAUAUAUAUUUGUUAGUGAUUUUCUCCAACAAUAUAUUUGGCGUGAUGCGCAAAUCACAGCCACUGCUGUCGCAUGAACAACACAAUAGCGCACGUUUAGGGCUGCACAGCGCAGAAGGUGGCUCCGAAAGCUACUCAUCCGAAUCUUCAUUCAGCGACUCGUACACCGAUAGCAGUGAUUUGGCCAAUUGGGAGGAAUAUGUAGCCGAUGAUGGAACACUCUUCUAUGCCGAGUAUUUGCCGCAAGCGCGACGACCGCUGCAUGAGAAGCGCAUUGAAUUUGCGCGUAGCAGUUCGCUGCGCAUGGGUAAGAAGACAGCAAGACGGCAACAACAACAACAGCAACAGCAAGAACAGAAACAAACAAAUCGACAACAGCAGCCAGCGCAGCAGGGCAACGGACGGCAGGGUAGCGGUCGGUCGCAGCCGCAGACAGCUGCACAGACACCCGCGCAUGAGCACCGUUUCUCACACAUUAGCAAGUCACACGAAACGCCAUGCUACAAGCAAUUGGAAUUGGUAAUUACGGCGGCGGAUCGUUUUCGCUUUGGACGACGUUCGACCGCCGUCGAGUCGAUACUUGGCUUCCGUGUGGUGCCGUUCCCAGACCAACCGGAGUGUCUGAUGGUUGACAGCUUCGUGCAUGCCAUGCCCACCAUGCUGCAACAGCAAUACCAACAACAGCAGCAGCAGCAACAACAGCAAUCUACACAAUCACCAAGCGAGACCGCGGAAAUCGAGCGUGGCGAUUGGUUUAAGUCUCUGGAUGACAUCGAAGUGCGCACCAGCAAUGUUGACGAACUGUUGCUGCAGUUCGUUGAACCCACUAAAGUGUGUCUAAAGUUUCAGGGCGCAGCGCGUCAACUAGACACCGCUGGCAGUGCUGCACAUGCAAAUGGCAAUGCGGGCGCUGUGGGUGGCGCUGGUGAACUGCAGAAGGUGGAGAAUUUCGCAAUGUUUGCGCAAAUAUUUGAAAAGCUACAAAUGCGCGCGGUCACACCUAUAGAUGCUGAUAAGAGCACAACUGCGCAGCCGGUCGCCGCUACUGAUGUUACGCCAGAUGCCGCUUUGCCAUUCGCGCUACUCAUACUGCCGCCGGAGUGUUAUCAAAAUGAUCAAUACAAAGACUCUUUGUACUAUUAUCCCGAAGAUGCGCAAACGAAUUUCCUUUAUAAGGCGCGUGGCAGUUUUCUCACGCUGAACGCCGUGCUCACCGAGGAGUUGCAAACGAAACCACUCAUCUCACGUCUGCAAGUCAACAAUGUCACCUACUACGUGUGCUAUCGCUCACUCAACGGGCUGCUUGUGCUCUUCGCUUAUGCCGCCGCUUAUCAUACACAACCGGAGGCUGGCCUACGCGCCGAUGAACUCAUCGGUUAUAUACGUUUCGCCUUUCCCACGCUCAAUUUGGAGAACUUCACGAAUGGCAAUGCAACAACCGCGGCGCUACGUAGUUUUCUACAUCAUUUCUGUGGCAUUCAACGUGUGCGCAUAUUGCGCGCACACCGCAAACAGCCGGUACUCUUCGAGGAGCUGCUGAAAGAGUCGCGCCAUAUGCCGUUGCCGAAGGAGGCACAGUUGCGCAUAUUCGAUGCGUUGAGCGAAAUGGAAGCCAUGGAUUAUAGAAAUUGGAAUGAUGAGCCCUUGAAUACGCAUCGUGAGUUUUUCAUACACGGCAGCGCUUUGUACUAUGAUCAUUACUUGCUCGCCUCGCAGAUGCCGUUGGAGGUGCGCGCCAGUGUGGAGCUAUUCAUGCGUUGCCGUGGCAUAUUUGAGUUUAUCAGCGAGCAGAGCGUUAAGGAGUUGUAUGUGUGGGAGGAAGUCGCCUUGCCGCAGGCCACCGGUCGUUAUUUUCUCACAAUAUGCAGUCGCAGUCAUCUCAUACUGGCGGUGAUUUUGAAAAUUUUCGAUGCGCCCGACUUGUCGCCCGACGACACUGUUCCGCCGUCGCUGUUCUACAUCGAGGAGAUACAAGAAACACUCGAUCAUCUCAUACAAUGUGGCAUUGAAUCCUUAGCCAUUUUCUGGUCCAUCUCCAAUAAGCGUCCCGAGGUGUUGGACAAAGUUGAGCAGCCUGAUGAUGCUAGCGCAGAGAAGGAAUCGCGUAAAAUAGAGAAUUUCAUCAAGCAAAAAUUCUCCGCCGCCACUUCGACCGCUACUGGUGCACCUACAACACAGGAGCGUGCAGGCAAUCAGCGUACUCUAGGUUUCGAUGAGGAGACUCAUCUCUGCUCGUCGCUUGGCGGUUCGUCCAUACAUAGUCUCACACCGAGCGAAGAUGACUCGAGCCGCAAACGUCUAACCGCCAGCAGUGUUACAAAUGCCACGAGUAGCACCGUCGGUAAUAAUGAUGACUCUGAUAGCGGCGGCUCAGAUUGGGAUAACUUUGGUGAGCAGAAUCCCUUACAUUAUAGCUGCGACUCGGAGCUCCAGUCGCCAAUGACCGAAUCACUGUGGAAGGAAAUCAAUAAUGUGGUGCCGGUUAAAAUCUCUGCCGGCUGGAAGAACGCGGUCUUCUAUUAUGUAUAUGUGGACAAUACUAAUGGUUCGGUUUUCUGUCCGCUCAAAGCGAACUCGGAAUCAUUUCCCUUUCUUGCCGAAAUGCGUAAAGCUUGCCAUACAAUACGCGCCGUUUUACAGAAUACCAAGCAUUACCGCCGUCUGCUGGCGCAAGAGAACUCCAAACCGGCGGCUGGCAAAGGUAUGUUGGCCAUUAAAGAACACGGCAUGACAAUACAAGUGCGUGAGUUCACUGAUGCCGCGGCAACUGGUACAUCGGAGGCGGAGAGUGUUGUUAAGGGACGUUUUGUGGUCGUCGGACGUUUAUUUAACUCACCGCUGAAGGAGGUCUACGUAUGUCAUAAGCCCGAUGUGCCACAGAAUAUGGUGGAGAUGGCUUUUCGUCUGUCAUUCUUCUCGGUGGGUUGACGUAUGUGGCAGCAAUCAAUUUUUGCAAUAUAUUUAUUUAUUUUUGUAAGUAUGUAUGUAUGUAAGAGAUAUUAGAUUCCGAAUAAAUUUUUACGAAACUUAUAAAAACAGUGUG